AUGGUGAAGCAAUUUAUCUUUCCACUGCUCCCCUGCCCACCCUGCCUGUCUCCUGCCUCCAUCGCCCUGCCCAGUGGCCGCCAAAGUGGUGGUUCCGAUAUUGGUGUGCAAGGAGAGGGAGGUCCAAGCCAGGUCAAGCCAGAGGUACGGGUGCAGCGGCCGCAGGAGUGGGUUACCUUAGGGUCCAGCGUCAACCUCUCCUGCGUGGUGGACGGCUACCCGGAACCGCACGUCCAGUGGCUUAAGAGGAACAACGAAGUCCUCUCCUCAGGACCCUUCGUCUACCACCUGCCACACAAGUUACUCCGGGUGCAGAAGUACGCGCAAAAGGUUCAACACGUCAACACUUCCCGCCUCAUCAUGGUGCUGUCCAUCGCCAGCGUGCAAGAGGAUGACCUGCUGGAGUAUCGCUGCUCCGCCAACAACUCUGAGGGAUCGUCGAGGGCACACGUCAUUCUUUCCGAGACUCCCACGACCACAACCACCACCACCACCACCACUACCACCACCACCACAACCACCACCCCCUCUUCCACUACCACCAGCAGCAAGAGUGUUAUUGAGAAAGCGGAGGACAACCUAGUUUGGCCCAAGAGUAGAGAUGGCCGCAGGGAAGACUCUGGUCUCGCCUCUCGUCACACGUCCAGCUCCAUGUUGGCUUCUCUCAAGGACACAGCGAGGAACGCGUCAGCAGGCAGCGACGUGGGGGACGACCUGCUGGAGCGGCACAAUCAGCAGAGAAAGCAGGAGGGAGGCGAAAGACAGUUGAAGAAACAAUAUGAGAGAAAAAUGUAUCCCUAUGCCGGUAACUCUGCUGGCAUUAGUGGAAACCAGAAUUUUCCUGCCCUCAUUCCUCGCAUCUUCCUACUGCUCCUUCUAUACUUCAUGUUUUCCCCUUCCCUAAAUGGCUUUCCAUUCUGCUCUUCCUCUUCCUCCUCCUCCUCUUCUUCUUCUUCUUCUUCUUCCUCCUGCUCCUGUGUUUUCUCUUCCCAAUCAUCCGCAUGUUCGUCUCCCUCUGAUUUUUACUCUUCAAAUUCUCGAUCCUCCUCGUUCUUUUCUUUCCCCUCUUCCUCCUCCUCUUCCCCCUCCUCCAACUCCUCUUCCUUCUUCUUCUCCUCCUCCUCCACCUCUUCCUCCUCUUUCCUCCUACUCCUCGUCCUCUUCGUCCCUCUCCGUCUUCCUCGCGACAAGAAAAGGUCAGCAAGGACUUCGGAGGUGAAGCAAAAUUGCCAGAAAACAUUAUAGAGGAAACUAAUAGAGAAGAAAAUCAUAGAGAUUCAUUAGAGUGAAAAAUACUCAGUGAAAAUGUUUGAAUUGAAAUUAGUGGAGCAAGGAAUUCUGGGUCAAAAAAUAGGAAUCGUUGAAAAUUUAUGAGUAAUAGAAAAAUAUAUAAGAAAAAAAGAUCGCACAAUUGAAAAUGAAUUAAAGAAAGUGUGACAGAAAGUGAAGAGACUAAGAAAAAAACAAAGUGGAAAUUACAGACCGUAAAAAUAAUGGAUAUGUAGCUGCGAGUUAAAUUCCCGGAAAUACAAUGAAAAUAUAUCAACAUGAAAGUAGAAACGGUGCAGUGUCUUUAUAUAAAGGAAGGGAAGUGUGCCGGGCGGGGGGAGUGUGACGGGCGCUGUUGACGCCCUAUCAGAUAUCAAUCAGUCAGUCAUUCAAGAGUCAUUCAGUCAGCUCGCUACUCCGUCAUGCUACAAGUCAGUCAGUCAGUCAAUCAUUCAGUCAGUCAGUCAGCAAGUCAGUGAGUCAGUCAGUCAGUUUCUCUCUAGCUUUUCCUGCCUCACAUCCUUUCUCAUGCUCAUUCUCUCUUUCUUUCUCGCUCUGCCUAAGUUUACUUCCAUGGAUUUUGAAGUCGACAGAAAAUGCAAUUAUUUUUUCCAUACUUCCAUUUCUAGUUCCUAUGUUCCUUUGAGUCAACGGCACACGGAUUUCCUAGAGAUGCAAAUGAACCAGUGUUUUUCGUUUUUGUUCUCUUUCAAUCUACGUAUUGGUUUUCAAAAAGGCAUGAUUUUUAAUUCCCUGGGUAUAUGAAAGAAAAAAUGACAGGUUCAUGUUAAAUCACGGAAAGAAUGAAUGAAAAAAAAUGUACACGAGGAAUAAUGAGCAGCAAAGUAAAUCAGGUCUACAAACAGCUACUCGCUUAUAGAACCCCCGAGUACCAGCUCCGAAUUGCUCAAGAUCCAGUUAUUUCGACGCCUUCUUCCACGCUCGUUCUUUCCUUCCUUUAACCUGCCCCACCCAGACAGCCAGCCAUCCAAGCCAGCCAACCAAGCUACCCAGGCCACGUGCUGGGGCUCCUGUUGUUGGACAGGACGGAACGAGGCGGCAAGGGGCAGGGCGAGGCGGAGAGUCACUGAGGAAGGAAACGCGUCCAUCCACUACAUGACCACCAUGGCCGCCCAAAUAACGUCAAUGUACUAAAUGAAAGUAUCGGAAUGUGUUACUGUUGUUCUUGAUGUAAUGUUGUGGUGCGAUGAAGUGCUUAACAAUGACCUUGACUGAUACCUUAUUCUGAAUCUCCCUAAUGUAAGAAAAUAAAAAAAAAAGCAUGUCGAUGUACUUAUCCCACGAAGGUGUUGCUAUGAAAAUAAGUGUUCCCGAGUGCUCGUGUCUUCUGUAUUGCGGGUAAUCUCGCCUAUACGUCCAAUAUGCGUUUGGCGUGAGGUGAGGUGCAGGGAGGGAGGCAAGCUUGCGUUCCCAGGUGCUCAGUCAGAGGUGCUCAAGACUCCUCCUUCCCCCGUGGACACAACAUUGCUGCUCACCACAUCACGCUCAAAAAGGUGAUAAGGAAUGUAAAAAAAAAAAAUAAUAAAUAAUAAUA